CGCGUUUUCCCACUCUCUUUCGACGGCGUUUACCAGUCUCUCUCUCUCUCUCUCCAACCAUUUCACCUCUCUCGCCUGUGGUCAGCUCCUUCAGCUUUUCUGUUUUUUUCCCUCCUACAGCUCAAAACCAAGCUUUAUUCUAUCCAAAAUUUCUUAGCAAAGUUACUGAAGUUGUUUACAAUUAUUACUCUCCUGUUUGUUUUCAUCGGGGAGAGAGAAUUUUUGAAGAGGGACCUUCUCGCACUUUUCGCUGUUCUUCUUGUGAACAAAAACCCUGGCGGUGUAUCUUCAUGGGUUUAACUCUCUAUGCAUCACCUACCUAGAUUUUUCAGUCAAAGGAAGGGAUCUGGAACCAUGGAUCGGAGGAAGAAUCCGAGGAAACCGAGGCUCGAGCGUCGUAAUGCGGUGAAGCACAUAGAGUACGACGCAGGCUCCUUGUCGUCCUCCCUCGACGACUCUACGUCGUCUUCUUCUCUCCACACUCGAUCCCUCGAUUUAUCGAACCGUACGAGCUUCAGAGUGGGAAUCGACGGCGAACUCGAUUUGAUAUGCAGGAGAUUGGGGUUAUCCGGGCCUGAAGACUUUGCCAUACCCGCGGAGGAGUGGGAGGCGCUGAAGUUCCGAUCGUCUUCGGAUGUUCUACCUAGGUGGAGACCGCUUGAGUUGGAUAGUGCGAAAAGAGAGGAAGUGAAAAAUACGGAGGAAAUUGUAGCUGCAGGUGACUUGCGUGUGAGAGAUACAGUUGGUGCUAAUAUUGGGGAUAUGGCAGAGUUGAAUCGGGCUGAUCCCGCCGAGUCGAGUGGUUGUUGUGUAAGUGGUAAUUGUGCCAGUGGUGGUGGAGGAAAUGGCAUUAAAGGAAUUCGGCCGCCGCCGGUGCUCAAGCCGCCACCCGCGAUGAGGCUUCCGGAAAUCGAUCAGGUGCUGUCUACUUGGGACCUUUUGAAGGACUUUGCGCCGGAGGCCGAGAGAGGCGGUUGGGAAACUUUCCGUGGUAGUUCUAGCUCUUCUUCCGAUGAAGAAGUAGAGGAGGGUAAAGAUGAAGAAGAAAAAGAAGAAGAGCAAGGAGUUGUAGAGCAAGGAGUUGUGCUGGAAAGGGAAAAGGGAGAGGUGGAGGAGGAGGUAGCUCGGCUCUCGGAGUCGUGUUCGUUUACCACGUCGAAUUGUGACGAUUCGUCUAGCAGUACCACGGAGCGUAUGUCGAAUAUUUCUCCUAACGGGAGAGUUAGGCCUACUAUCACGUCUUGGGAGAAGGGUGUGCUUCUGGGACGCGGGUCGUUCGGAUCAGUGUAUGAAGGAAUCUCUGAAGAUGGAAUCUUACUUGCUGUGAAGGAAGUUUCACUGCUUGAUCAAGGAAGCCAGGGAAAUGAAAGCGUUUCUCAACUUGAGCAGGAGAUUGCUCUUUUAAGCCAAUUCGAACAUGAGAACAUAGUUCAAUAUUAUGGCACAGCUAAGGACGAAUCAAAACUAUAUAUCUUUUUAGAGCUUGUAAAAGGUUCCCUUUUAAAGCUCUAUGAGAGUUACUCUCUUAGAGAUUCCCAAGUCUCCCCAUAUACAAGACAGAUUCUGCAUGGUUUGAAGUAUCUUCAUGACAGAGAUGUCGUUCACAGGGAUAUCAAAUGUGCUAACAUAUUAGUGGAUGCUAGUGGAUCUGUGAAGCUUGCAGAUUUUGGAUUGGCAAAGGCUGCCAAGUUCAAUGAUCUUUUAUCUUGCAAGGGAACUCCAUUCUGGAUGGCCCCCGAGGUAGUUAAUAGCAGGAACAAAGGGUAUGGCCGUCCAGCUGAUAUUUGGAGCCUCGGAUGCACUGUAUUGGAGAUGCUAACACGUCGGAUUCCGUACUCGGAUUGGGAACCUAUGGCAGCAUUGUUUAAAAUUGGAAAGGGUGAACCACCUCCUGUUCCUGAUUCUCUUUCAACAGAUGCACGGGAUUUUAUCCAGAAGUGCCUUCAAGCUAAGCCAGAUUGUCGUCCUACGGCUGCUGAGCUCUUAGACCACCCAUUUGUAAAGAGGCCACUUCCCACAUCCUCAGGUUCGACAUAAAAGAUAAUGGGGGUUAAAAGAUAUUGAGCCCCGUCCAUCUUUAGACAUGCAGGAAGCUUUUUCUUGUGGAAUCCUCAAGUUGGGUAAAGUGUUGUGGCAACCAUUAAAGUUUGCUCAUGCAAUAGACAGUACAUUCUCAAAUCUGUUUAGGUUAUGGGAUAAAUCAAUUUUCAAGCAAUGGUGAGGUCACAAAUGGAUCUAUAACUGCGGAAAAGCCUUCAGAGCAUGCGGCUCCUAAAUUAUUUUAUUCUCUAUUCCGUUAAAAAAAAAGAAAAAAAAAAGGAAGAUGAAAUGUUUCCAGUAUUCAUUUUUUCUCCCUUUGGAAUUUAAAUUUUAGGAAUUGAAAGAUUUUAGGGGCGCAAGGUGGGAGAUAUCAUUGUUGUAAUAUUCGAAAAACAUACGCAAUUUGUAUAUAUCUCUUAGUUGACAAUGGUGCUCAACUGCAUUUAUAUUGAAAGUUUGCCCGUUUUGCCUUUUGUA